CGGGGCUCGGGUCACAGGCGGUCUGGGGCCUCCCGCGCCCGCGGCCAGCUCUGGACACGGACGCGGCCGGGAGGGACCCAAGGGCGGGUCAGCGCUCACCCGCGCUGGGCAAAGCCUGUCUAGGACCCCAGGUCGGAGGCUGAGGCUCGCGGCGGAGGUCAUCCGUCAGGGUGCCGUGUCCCGCCCCGGGGGAGACCCCGCCCUCCCCAUCUUUCUCUCAGCCCGUAGGACUGACUGGCCCAGCUGGGGGCAGGUGGGCCCCACUGAGGGUGGCCGGGGCUCGUCCCUGGAGGUCGAGCUCAGAGCUGCUGUGUGCCCUCCCGGCAGGGCACAGGUCCCUUGUUGACCUUAAAACGGCCAGUUAUUUUAUCCGCAAAAUGGGUGUAUUCAGGAACAGCGGAGAACUGCAGCGCAGGACACGUGGGCCGUAGCGGAAACGACAGCCCACCACCCUUCCCUGAGGAUGGACCCCCGAGCACCUGCCGGCGACCCUGCUGCUGGAGACACCACUGCUGGAGAUGCCACCUCUGGUGACCCCGCUGCUGCAGACGCCACCGCUGGUGACCCCGCUGCUGCAGACGCCACCGCUGGUGACCCCGCUGCUGCAGACGCCACCGCUGGUGACCCCGCUGCUGCAGACGCCACUGCUGAUGACCCUGCUGGUGACCCUGCCAGUGGCUGUGGCCCGCUCCUGUUCCUGCAGGCCCUGCAGAGGCUGUGGUCCACUCGGCAGCUGCGGCAGCUCCAGGAGGAAGCCUGGAGGGGGUUCGCUGCGCUGGCUGACCCGCUCGCUGGACUCCUGGACAUGCUGGAUGGCAGCCAGGGCUGGCGGGGGAGGGGCCCCUCCCUGGAGGCCUGGGUGGCCCGCGAGCUGAAGCGCUGGCUGCAGGCACGGCCGCACCCGGGGCCGCCCCAGGGCGGCCCAGGGCUGAGGCAGCUGCAGGCGCGUGCGGUCAAGAUCCUCGUGGAGAGCCCCCCGGCUCUCGUGGAGCCUCUGGUCAGCAUCUUCCAGCUGCAGGACGCAGACCGCAGCCCCCUGCUGGCUCACGUCCACCGACUCCGCCAGGAGGGCAGGGUCAAAGAAGCUGUCGUGCUGAGCACGAAGCUGCGGCUGCAGCCCCAUCUCGAUGUUGAAGAGAUGAGCACGCCCCUGCUCCUCCAGGACAAGCUGGGCCUCGUGGAGCGCUACGUGGACGGCUUCCCGGGCCUCCAGCGGAGGCUGCUGUCCCUCCUGGACUCCUGGUGCCGGCCGGGCUUUGACGUCCACGUCGUGGCCAGACGGCACCCACAGGCAGCCUGGCGGCCGGACAGGCUGAGCCCCAGGGUGCUGAGUCGGCAGGUCCUGCGCCUGCGCGAGCGGUUCGGCCUGGACCCUGCCCUGUGCCCACACGUGGUCACCCAGCAGCGCCUGGCCUCUCUGCGGUACCUGUGCUACAAGCGGCUGGUAGAGAGAAGCCUGUCUCAGGAGAGCUGGGUCGAGCAUGUGCACGGCCUGGUGGGGCAGAACGAGUGGCUGCAGGAGCAGCUGCUCCAGCUGCUGGCCUCUCAUGACGACGCGGCCGUGGUCGCCCAGUGUGCCCUGGACCUCUCCCUGCCUGAGGAGCGGCUUCCAGCUACGGUGGUCACGGAGCUCAGCCGACUCAGGCUCCAGGGGAGCGCGGCCGAGGCGCCUUCAGAGGGCAGGACGGACGACUGCUACCAGCUGCCCAUCGCCAGGGAGGACAUCCGCUUCCUGGCCUCCUGGGAGGACCUGGCCAGACAUGAAGCAGAACUCCUGCAGCCUGGCCAGGUGGUCGGCGUGGACCUGGAGUGGAGGCCCUCGUUCGGCGUUGGGGGCCGGCCCCAGGCGUCGCUCAUGCAGGUGGCCGUGGAGGGCCGCGUGUUCCUGCUAGACCUGCCCCAGCUCUUGAGUCCAGCCAGAGGGCAGGAGCCCCAGGCCUUCUCCCAGCUGGUGUCCCGGCUGCUCGCAGACCCCUCCAUUACCAAGCUGGGUUACGGGAUGGCAGGGGACCUGCGGAGCCUGGGCGCCUCCUGCCCUGCCCUGGCCCAGGCCCAGAAGCAGCUUCGGGGCAGCCUGGACCUGCUGCAGGUGCACAAGCAGCUACGGGUGGUGGACGCGCCAGCCCCAGGCGUGGAUGGUGCCGCGGGGCCUCGGGGCCUCAGCCUCCUGGUGCAGCAGGUGCUGGGCAAGCCCCUGGACAAGACGCAGCAGCUCUCCAACUGGGACCGGCGCCCACUGGGCGAGAAGCAGCUGGUCUAUGCAGCUGCUGACGCCUACUGCCUGCUGGAGGUGUACUGGGCACUGUGCAGAGAGCCUGCCCGCUUCCACCUGUCGGGGGACCUGGGCCGGAGCCUGAGGCCGGGCCGCAGCGAGAGGCCGCCCCUCCCACAGCAGGCCUCGGCCUAUCCCCAGCAGAUGCUUGAGGCCGAGGAGGCCGCCCCCGAGGUCCAGGCCAGGGCCUUCCGCGUGGUGUGUGACAGCAUGCUGCAGGGGCUGGCACGGAGGCUCCGCUGUCUGGGCAUUGACGUGCUGGUGCUGGGCACGGGCGAGGACCACCGCAGGGCUGCUGAGGUUGCCAGGCAAGAGGGACGGAUUGUCCUGACCUCGGGGUUACCGUACCACAAGCUCAACAGCUGCACGUGUCCGCAGCUCCAGGCCCAGCUGGGGGCUGGGCGCUGCCUCGCAGUAGACUGCUCCCUCAAGGCCCAGCAGCAGGCGAAGGCCGUGAUCAGGCAUUUCAACGUGCGUGUCACCCAGGACGACAUCUUCAGCCGCUGCCAGGCCUGUAACUGUGACCAGUACCUGAAGGUCUCCAAGGACAUGAUGAAGCAGCUCGUGAGGCUCAGUGGGCACCGCGAAGGCCCCGGCAGGACAGGUGGGCCCAGGCACACACAGAGCACACGUGCGUUCACUUGUGCGCGUGAUCACGGUCCCUCGCUGCGCCGUCGGAGGAAGGCGAGGAGGCUGCCCAAAGCGAGGAUGCCGCCCAAAGCGAGGAUGAGCUGGAGACAGGCUCAGCCCCAGAAGAGCCCCCAGGGCCCUGCACCUAUGACCCCCCUUGCCGCUGGCUGGAGGAGGCAGACCUACAGACCCACGUGCCGGCCACACUGGGCAGCGGCGCCCAGCUGCAGCUCUCAGGGGUCCCAGCAGGUGUGCUGCGGCGGCCGGGGCUGCGGCAUUUCUACUGCUGCACGGGCUGCGGCAAAGUCUUCUGGGAGGGCUCCCACCUGCGCCGAGUCGCCACCAACUUCCGAGAAAUCCUGCAAAUGGCCCCUGGCAUCCCCGAGCCGAGCCAAGCCCUGGGCCCGGCUGGCAGCCCCUCCUGAGGCCCCCAGCCCUGCUGAGGGCCCGGGCAGCCAAGAGUAAAAGUGGAAAAGCUGCA